AUUGAAAAUAAGAAUUUGUUCAUAACUCACUUGCCUAGUUAAAUAAAGGUAAAAUAAAAUAAAAAAGAGUACAAGCAGAAGUUUGGCUUUGACCUUUUCAUCAGCAGCAACGCUUCUACAUCUGCAUAGCUUGCUGUUUUGGGUUUCUGUAUAACACUUUGUGACAUCUGCUGAUGUAAAAAGGGCUUUAUAAAUACAUUUGAUUGAUUAAUUGAAUACUUUCUGGAUCGCUUCUACAGCAUAAGGAUAUCCUUCCGCAUGCUCAUCAACCAGCACUGUAAGUACACAUCACCAGCCAAUAAGCAUGCACAGUACUGUGGGCAUUUUAUAUGUGCGUGUCAGAAGUUCAGUCUAAAAUCGUUCACUUAUAGUGGAUGUUAUGACUUAUAGUGGAUGUCAUGACUUAUAGUGGAUGUUAUGACUCACAGUGGAUGUUAUGACUACAGUGGAUGUUUUGACUUAUAGUGGAUGUUAUGACUUAUAGUGGAUGUUGAUGAAGAUCUUGAUAAGAUGAUACUUUCUGUUACAGCACUCAUUUUUGGUGAUGACAGGAACCACCUCCCAUCCCAAGCACAUUGGAAGUAUUGAUCCUACCUGCAACGUCCCUGAGGUGGUGAAAGCAUAAGGAUAUCCUUCCGCAUGCUCAUCAACCAGCACUGUAAGUACACAUCACCAGCCAAUAAGCAUGCACAGUACUGUGGGCAUUUUAUAUGUGCGUGUCAGAAGUUCAGUCUAAAAUCGUUCACUUAUAGUGGAUGUUAUGACUUAUAGUGGAUGUCAUGACUUAUAGUGGAUGUUAUGACUCACAGUGGAUGUUAUGACUACAGUGGAUGUUUUGACUUAUAGUGGAUGUUAUGACUUAUAGUGGAUGUUGAUGAAGAUCUUGAUAAGAUGAUACUUUCUGUUACAGCACUCAUUUUUGGUGAUGACAGGAACCACCUCCCAUCCCAAGCACAUUGGAAGUAUUGAUCCUACCUGCAACGUCCCUGAGGUGGUGAAAGCCAAGGACCCUUCCAAGGCUAUCCAGGUGGUUUAUGUGCUAUCUCACCUGUUCCAUAUGCAGGUUGAGCUCUUCAAGGCUCUGUCCAGUGAGUCCUUUGAGCAUCUCCCGGUCUUCAACAAGUCAGCGUGGAGACACUACCAGACCGGCCCUGAGCCAGACGACUGGAGCAACCUGUCCUACAUUUUCCCAUUUUUGAUCUUUCUGCCCGCCCUGACCCUGAGCCUGCCGUCCUUUACCUUUGCCCCACUACUCUGGAUUACCAACCUCUGCCUGACCUGACCCUGAGCCUGUCUG